UCCGUGUAUUGGUUUGGUGUACUAGAUAAGAUAAAAUUUAUUUCGACUUGUCAGUGGAGUUGACUGACUGAUAACGAAAUGGAAGGAAAUUUUUGCUGGUUUGUUAGACAAAUUUUCUUAUCACAAUUUUAUUAGUAGUAUACAUUUUUAAAUAGAAUUAAAAGAUUCAAGUAAUUAAAAAAUAAUUUCCUAAUCGUUUGAAUAUUUGAAACGUUCAUCAGAAAACUUCAUAGAGAUAGACAGUAAACAAAUGAUUAUAUUGAUCAUCACAAGUUUAAUUCACGUAUUUAAUUAGCAAUUUGAGAUUCUGAAAAUUGAAAUUGAAAAAUUGAAAUAAACAAUUUCUCAUGCGCCGUUCAUUAAUUGCUAAAAAUUUCAACUGUUUCAUCUCCAGAAAAUAUAAGCUAAACAAAACUAACUCAUCGAACGUAUAAGAACUGAGUAGAAGAGAGAGUGAGUAGAAGAGAAGAGAGAUUGCUGACCACAAACAUGUCGUCGGCACCGACCUCAGCGUCAUCGUCAGCAUUAAGGCAGCACAAAACAGCGACACUGCAGCAGAAUCCCGCUUUCCAAUAUUUCCAAUCAAAGGAGCAGCUAUCGAGGGUCGUUUCUCAACCAGCAGCUCAACAACAACAGCAACAACAACAACAUCUCAGUUCCCACAAUUUGUUGCGCCAACAGUGCAACAGUGUUGAUGAGGAUCUCUUUGAUUCGCCAGCUGAACAUUUUCAUCUUAGCGCCAACACCAUUCCCCGCAAACAAAAUAAAAAUUUGGUUCCUAAUAUAGAAAACAAUUUCAGACAACUUAACAACAGCCACAACAUCAACAACAACAACAUAAACAACAUCAUCGACAACAACAUGAACAACAUUAUAAACAACAACGUUACUGACAAUAACAUUAACGACCACAACAUUAUCAACAACAAUAUUAACAAUAAUCCUAGCAUCAACAAUGGCAAUACAGCGAAUAUUAAAAACAAUGAUUACACAAAUGAUAAUACUAAUAUAAAAAACAAUAAUUUUAGCAACAGUUGCAACAACAACACUCACAGCUACAACAACAAUAACACUUAUAGCAACAGUGUCACACAGACCAACAACAAAAACAGCAACUCCGAAGUAAACAGCGAACACAUAAAUUUAAAUACUACUGCUGACAUUAACAACAACAUUGACAACAUCAAAAACAGCAGCAACAACAACAGUGACAAUAAAAAUUCUAACAGACCGUUGCAAGAGAUAAGUGAUGGGUUAGACAGCAACGUUAGUUGCGCUGCUAGCAAAAACAAGAAAAACAACUACGAUAAGGUUAUUGAUAACAUCAAAAACUUUGCGAACCAUUUUCACAACAUCAACCACAGCAACCACAGCAGCAGCAGCAACAACAACAACAACGGCAACACAUUCAAAAAAAUUUAUGAAACAAACAGAGAUGACAGCCACCUCAUAGACAUCAGCAGCAGCAGCAACAACAAAAACAGUGUUCAUAAAAAUUCAAACAAUGUUGAACAGCAGCCUGGCGACCAAUAUAUCGUGCAAGAUGGCUCGAACAAUCAAGCUGCCAACAAAACAAUUCCUAGCGCAAAAAAUUACCAAAAAUGGAAAAAGUUUAACAGCAAUAACAACAACAACAGCAACAACAAUAACAAAGAAUCACAAAAUAGCAAACCUUGGGCAUUCAGAUCACUGAGAGCUGAAAAAUCUCAUGAAGCAGCAGAACAGACUGCCAGCAAUUCAAACAACAGUAACAAAAUUUCUCAAAAAACAUCCAAUAACAUUUUAAAUUUUGAUUGUAAACUUGUUGACCCAAACAAAAACAUCAGGGUAAAUAGUGACAUUAACAGAAAUAACAUCACCACCAACAAAAUAAACAACAAUGUAAAUAUUUCUAUGACUUCUAAAUAUGCUACUGACAACAUUAAAAGCAGUGUAACCAACAAUAGCAACGCCAAUGACAUCAAUGCCAACAACAACAAAAACAACGUUACAAACGACAACAAACAUUUGAACAACAACAACAUCAGCAAGAGCAACAACAAUAUCAACAACAACAUCAAGAUCAACAACAAUAAUAUCAACUACAACAGCAUCAACAACAACAACAUCAACAACAACAGCAGCAACAUCAACGUCGUCACUGAAUGUCCUCAUUGCAAAGUCGGUAAAGAGAAGUUAGACGAAAUGACCAAACUGAGUGAAGAGCUGGAGAAAGAACUGACUUCAUUAAAAAGCGAUAUGAACAAGCAGAGAGACGAGAAGACAAUGUUACAAGUGCGGGUUGAACACUUGCUUGCUGACAACGAAGCUUUAAAAAAGGAUGUUAAUCGUCUGACGAAAAAUUACAACAACAUUGCAAACUUUCCUGCUGAUAAGAAGAUAAGCAAUAUGGUUGACAUUGAGAUCUUGCCUCAACACCAUUCACAACAAACCGGGCAACAACACCAAUAUCUUCCACACCAUGUUAAACAACAUUACGCCACAUUCAACAAAAACAUCUGCACGAACAAUGGUUACAGCAACUCAAGCAUCAUCAACAACAACGCCACGAACAACACGAACAACCUCAAAUCAGACAGUGUGAACAGCGUGAACAAACACGACAACGACAGUGACGAGUAUGACAACGUCUCCAUAUCGUACAACGUAUCUUCUCUCCACAUAGGAAGGGCAGCGACAGCUGGGAGCGCGACGACAAAAACUUCUGCACUAUUGAAAAAAAUUUGUCCGCACAUUUCUGCCACAGAUCGAGAGUGGAGGUCCACAGAAGAGUUUCUCCCUCUGCGUUCUACGACAUCCAACCCGCACCAGGGCACGCAAAAUAAUCUUCAAGGCAGUGAAUCUCGGGGAGUUAAAUCAGAUCUGACUUUGGACGACAGUCUUUGUGUGGUGUAUCCGAAUCGAACAUUCAAACAGCAGAUGGAGAGCCUGAUGACGAGUAACAGAAGCAUGGAGUCGCUGAAAAGCGAACCAUGCCUGAAGACUCACAGACAGAGAAGACGACGUCAAUCCAACCUGACUGCGAGUGAAGGUGUUUCGAACAGUUACAAAGAUGUUUCAUCCAUCAGCAAAAAGGAUAGUGACACAUGCAAGCAGUUGAAUGACAAUGUGUUAAAAUAUGCUGAUACAAAAAGUUUCGAAGUUAUUAAAGUUCAACACCUAGAAGCGUAUUCACAACAUUUACAAAAUACUAAUAUUCUUGAGGAACAAAAUUGUCAAGGCCAAGAAUAUUUGAACAAAAACAACGAUUCUUUCUACGAGAAUUACCCUCCAACAAAAACAGUCAAACCACCACUGAAAACAUCGAUGACGACCGCCUCAAAAAUUGAUUCCAACAAUAAAGGUUCAAAUGACGCUUCAAAUGGUGCAGCAAGAGGCUUUCUCACAAAUAAAAUAAAUGACACAACGACAACAACAACCAUAACAACAACAACCACAUAUUUUAAUACUCUCAACGAUUCUAACAGCUCAGGCAACAACAUUUCUGAAGAAGACAUGAAAAAAGUCGACAACUUGAAAGAACUCGUGGAACUCUACAGGAGCCAACUGCAGAAGGAGCAGGACACCUUUAUGAGGGAGAAACUUCUGGUCAUCGAAUAUCAGAAGAAGUUGCAGGAAGAAUAUUCGAGACUGCAAGAAAAGUGUGACAUGCUGGAGAACUUGAUGAGGGUAAACAGCAAGAGAACUACUUCAACGUCGUCGUCAUCAACUUCCGUCAUUCAGCCUGAUCCAUACUCCAUCGACAUUAAAUUUCUUCAUAGCAAUCCCACCCAUUUGUCAUCAUAGUAGUCAUCAUCGUCCUUGUUAUCAUCACCAGCACCGCCUCAUCAUCAUUAUCAUUAUAAAUUCAUCACUAACAUCCUCAGCCGUUUCGAAGGUUGUACUAUCAAUGAUGCCAUUGUGGCCAUCAUCGUUAAAUUUAUUUGUGAAUCGACUGAAAAAACGUUCUAAUAAAAAUUAAAUAUAUUAAUUAAUAAAUUAAUUAAUAAUUAAUAUAUGAAUCUUUCUUUAAUAAGUAGAUGUAUAAUUCUGGUAAAAUCUGAAGACAGGUGGUAAAACAUCAUAACGAGUGUAAAAGAGUGA